AUGAAACUUCAGAAUAAUAUUCACCGUUCCUUCACAAGAUCCAAAUAUCUGUUACUGUCACUUUCCAGUCAUUUCAUCCGAAAAUUUCAGUUCUCAACUGAAGUUGCAACAUCAACACCGCUCACCAAGAAAGCAUGCAUAGAUCUCCUCAAGGCCUGCAAAUCGAUGGCCCAUCUGAAACAAAUUCAAGCACUGCUUUUCUCUCAAGGGCUACACCAGAACAUCGACAUUCUUCAUAAGAUAAUGGCCUUCACUACUGCUAUGUCGAACUUAAGCCACGCCGAAAGAAUUUUUGAUCACAUCGAGAACCCGAGCUUAUUCAUUUAUAAUGUUAUGAUCAAAGCGUAUGCGAAAAGGGGUUGUAAUGAGAAAGCAAUUUUCUUAUUUGAUGAAUUGCGUGUGCGUGGGUUGUGGCCUGAUAAUUACACAUACCCGUUCGUGUUUAAGGCUGUUAAAGGGUUGGGGGAGAUUGAUCGAGGGGAGAGGAUUCAUGGGUUUGUUAUAAAAAGUGGGGUUUUAUUUGAUUGUUAUGUUUGUAAUUCGGUUAUGGACAUGUAUGGGGGUUUGGGAUGUGUGCAGAGUUUAAGCAAGGUGUUCGAAGAAUUAUCUCUGAGAGAUGUGGUUUCGUGGAAUGUAUUGAUUUCUGGGCUUGUCAAAAGCGAGAGAUUUGAGGAUGCUGUUCAUGUAUAUAGGAGGAUGAGAAAAGAGGGUAAUGUAAGACCGGAUGAGGCUACAAUUGCUAGCACUUUAUCUGCUUGCACAGCAUUGAAAAACUUUGAUCUUGGUAAGGAUAUUCAUGAAUAUGUGAAAACCGAGAUUGGGUUCACGAUGAUAAUUGGAAAUGCACUGUUGGAUAUGUAUGCCAAGUGCGGCUGCUUGGAUGUGGCCAGGGGAAUUUUUGAUGCUAUGCUGGAAAAAAAUGUUAUUUGUUGGACUAGUAUGGUGUCAGCAUAUGUGAAUGGUGGUUUACUGGAUGAAGCUAGAACACUUUUUGAGAGGAGCCCAGCAAGAGAUCUCAUUCUCUGGACAGCCAUGAUUAAUGGGUAUGUGCAGUUCAGCCGCGUUGAUGAGGCGAUGGCCUUGUUUAGGGAAAUGCAAAUGGCAAGAGUUAAACCAGAUAAGUUUACUUUGGUUGCGUUGCUUACUGGGUGUGCUCAGUUGGGAGCUUUAGAACAAGGGGAAUGGGUUCAUACUUAUUUGGAGGAAAACAGAAUACCAGUUGAUAGAGUAAUUGGUACUGCUCUUAUAGAAAUGUAUGCAAAAUGUGGCUGCUUAGAGAAAUCCUUGGAGAUUUUUCAUAGUUUGAAAGAGAAAGAUACUGCAUCUUGGACGUCAGUAAUUUGUGCGCUUGCCAUGAAUGGGAGAACUUCCAAGGCUAUAGAAUUAUUCUCAGAAAUGAUGCGAACUGGGAUUCGGCCCGAUGAUGUCACUUUUAUAGGUGUUUUAAGUGCUUGCAGUCACGGAGGGCUAGUAGAUGAAGGCCGUAGGUAUUUUGAUUCUAUGACUAAUAUCUAUUACAUUGAACCAAAGUUUGAGCACUAUGGAUGUAUGAUAGACCUUCUUGGCCGCGCUGGACUGUUAGAUGAAGCUGAGGAAAUUGUAGCUACAAUUCCAAAUAAAGAUAGAAACAUUAUCAUCCCACUAUAUGGUUCUUUACUUGGUGCUUGCAGGAACUAUGGCAAUGUUGAUAUGGGUCAACGCAUUGCCCAGUGGCUAAUGAAAAUUGAGUCUAGUGAUUCUAGCACUCAUUCACUUCUAGCUAAUAUUUAUGCAUCUGCCAAUAGAUGGAAUGAUGUAACACAAGUCAGAAGGAAAAUGAGAACUCUAGGGGCCAAGAAGUCCCCUGGGUGCAGUUUAAUCGAGGAAAUUCCCUUGUUUAGGGUUAAAUGUGUUAAACGUUGUAAGGUCAUAGAUAAGUACAGCGGCCCCUUGGAGAGUUGGAGUUGGGAUCAAGGCAAGAAGAUAGGUGUUGAAAAUGCCAGAUAUUAUGGAGGUCAUACCACAGCAGAGCAACUCUGCGCACGUGCCCAAUUUAUUCUAGAAAGUGGCACAAGAAGAUUGUGGAAUUGUCUUAAUUCACGUCUGGUCUGUGCUGAUGCUAUUUAUGACCUGGGAUUGACGAUAAAUUUUGUAGAAAGUUCCAGGCUUCCAGCUUCACAGAUGAAAGUUUUUAACGAUGGCCUUAUCAAAGAGCAGGCAGAUAUGGCAAAUCAAGAGAACCUAUAUGGUUGA